AUGCUGGCUCGGCAAGAGCCUCGCAUGAUCAAGAUUUAUUACGAUCGGCCCUCCGGUGGAGACGCGACCGGUGGAUUUGGGAAAUAUUGUAAUGGGGCAAAUGGCGUGCCGUAUCCUCAUGCAAUACAACCAGAAAUGCUAUUACCGAGGAAGCAGCAUGCUAAGCAAGCCUGUCUUUACCAACAGCGAGGACCGCUACAACGCAAGUUUACCGAUUGCCCCACACCAGCCAUGCCCCACCAGCACGGCAAUGUGGGGCACCCGAAACAGAAAAUUCGGGUGUGGGUAGACGCCAUGCUGUUUUCUGCUGAGCGCCUAUGA